AAAAAAAAUUACAUAUAUAUUUUAUAAAAAGUUCCAUCGAAUCAGUAAUGUUGAAACAAAAUGUUCCAAGCAUCGAUUAAGUUUCACUUUUGCUCUUUGGUAUAUGUUUUGUUUCUGACAUUAACUAACAUGCCUAAUCCCUGGGCGGGACUGGAGGAGGCAGAAUUUCUCUGGGUGCGUCGUUCUGAAACUCUUCUCUCAAACCGACUUUUUGUCUGCACUCUGAACGUCUCCCUCUGACCACAGGGACAGUUUUUCGUGCUCUGAAUCAUGGAUCUUGGGUGUGUCCCCAGACUUGUGUCUCUCAGCCUCGCUCUGCUGUUUUCUGCCUCUGCUGAAGGUCAGACCUUCACUGCUGCAGUUGGACAGAAUGUUACUCUGCCAUGUGAAGCCAAGAACUACAGGCCUUUUGAAGUUGUGGAGUGGAGCAGAGAUGAGGCAGGGUUAAAAUAUGUUCUCAUCUUUGACAAAGCCAACCCAAAUCUGGAAGUCCCAGAACAAAGCUACAAGGAUCGAGUUGAUCUGGUGAACAUGAAGGAAGGAGACGUGUCUCUGAAGCUGAACAACGUGAAACCUGAGGACAGUGGAAGAUAUCAGUGUUAUGUUGUGAGAGAAACAAACCGUAAAAAGAGAGACAUUCAACCAGUCAACACUGUCUACCUGCAAGUUCCUCCAGGUCGAGGACACAUUGGACUGGUUCUGAUGGUGGUUGCUGUGUUUGCUAUGUUUGCUAUGGUUGCUGUGUUUGUGUGGAAGAAGAGAUCUGUCUCUCCUCCCCAGGAUGAAACUGUAGAUCCUCUUCAGGCCUGACUACCAGCUGUAUACAUCAGUAGAACAUGUUAUUGUGCUUCACUCUGCUUCCAACGAUAUAACCCAGCCAUUAGGGCAACAAGACCGUACAUUCCUAAUGCCGGUCCCAAGCCCGGGAAAAUGGGGAGGGUUAGUGAGGAAGGUUCUGCAACUAUUAAUUAUGUUUCAGUUAAAACAUUUCCAAGAGAAAACCUUCCCUCUGUUUCUCUGGCAUAUUUACAGUAACAUUUGCUGAUGUUAACGAUGUUAUGUCUUAUCAUGUUGGAUUUUGUUUGUCACCAGGACAAAAACAAGCUCACUAACUCCUGCAUAGAAACUGCUGACAGCUGAAUCACAUGACGGACCAGGGCUAAUCAGGAAAGUUCCUGUGGUGUUUUUAUUCUCUGACAAAUUUGCAUGAUUAGAAUUAAUGACGAGAAAAGAAAAGCGAGUUGAUCAAAGAUAAAAAUAUUCAUGCUCAUUUAGUCAAAUGUAGACAUUUCUCUAUUUACAUAUGAGCUGUUUCUCUUCAGUCCUGUGAUCAACUGCUGUGUGUUUCUAGAUUAGAUGAUGACAGCUGGUUAACUUUAUGCAUGGGUUAGGGUUAGAGUGAAUCAUGUUGUUGUUGACAGUGUCUGUGUGUGUCAGAGUCCAGCUAAAUAGUACAAACACCAAAUGUUUUCAGUCAAUGUUAUGUGUAGUUCACUUCCAGUCAGCAGUAAACUAUAAAGAUUAUAGUGCAGAAGUUAAUGUGUUGAUUAGAGGCUCUGCAGGUGUGCAGGUGUGUGCAUGUGUGUGUGUGUGUGUGUGUGUGUGUGUGUGUGUGUGUGUGUGUGUGUGUGUGUGUGUGUGUGUGUGUGUGUGCAGUAAAGGUUGUGCAAGUUUUAUCAAGUCUGACAGGAAUGAAUGUGAAAGACUUUAAGAUAAUCAGAUUCCAGUCAUGUUUGUUUCUAACAGCUUCCUCCUUUUUCCAGUAACUGAAGUUUAUUAUAAAGACAGAAAGUAAAGAUGAACCUUCUGCUCAUAAAGUUUGAGCUUUUAAUGGUCAGGAAGAGAGAUAAUAGAUAUUCUGAGGAACAGAAUCUGUGGGUUAGAAACAUUUGCAGCUUCAUGUAAAUGAUUUUAAUCCAUCGUUUGCAUGAUGGAGUCUGAACUACAGAGCAGCCAUUUUGAAUGUUAGCUAUAAAAACUGUCUGAGAUGGAAGAAUCACAUGAAAACAUGGAUUUUAGAAGAAAUUACAGAUUCCUAAGUGUUCCUAUGUGAUGAACUGAUGAAAUAUUUGAUGUUUUAACUCAGUUUAAUUGUUUCAUGUCAGAAGAGGAUCUUCAGAGACAGAACCUGUUAGCAUCAGCCCAACAUCUCUAAAAUCAUUUUCCUGUCAUUGUUCUGACUCUGCAGACAGUUUGCAGAACCUGAAACAUCAACCCUGGACUUUUGUUAGAUUUGAUCAUUUAUCAAACAGAACCCAGAGGGUUCAACUUCUUCUACUCUCAUUACUUUAAAUGGUGUACCGCAAGGCUCGGUUCUGGGUCCGCUUUUAUUUUCUAUUUAUAUCAGUAACUUGUGUGACAAUCUGUCAAAUGCUUUUUUAUCAUUUUUAUGCAGACAAUUUAAUAAUAUACUGCUUUAUACUGCUUUUCUGCAGUCGAACUGAAAGAGGGAAGCAGGUAAUCAGUGUGUUGGCCGCCACAGCGUGGAAUCAGUAGCAGAUUAAGAUGUUAAAUAAUCUCACUGGACUAAUUUCAAACAGUUCUUAAAGAAAGGCAACAAGAUUCCAUGACACAGUGUCAUUGUUUUUAAAUUGUUCUUAUGGUUUAUACUUGUGUUUAUGUAUUACUUGUUUUUUCUUGUAACCAGGUUGUUAUAUAUUGCAAAUACAUAACAACGGGGAUUACCUGCUUAAAUAAAGGAAAUGAAAAAAUUUA